GCCAUGACGACCGAGACCCCGCAGCAGCAGCUGGACCCGCCGCCUCCUCUGAGAUCCAGCCCGGUGUCCGGCGUCCUGCACCCGGCCAUGCUGAGCUCACAAGCCGCCACGGAGAGUUCGUCCACCGCCAACAACAAGGGGAAGAAGUCCACCUCCGGGCUGAGAAGACCGGAGAAGCCUCCCUACUCCUACAUCGCCCUCAUCGUCAUGGCGAUCCAGAGCUCUCCCACCAAGCGCCUCACCCUCAGCGAGAUCUACCAGUUCCUCCAGGCUCGCUUCCCGUUCUUCAGGGGCUCGUACCAGGGCUGGAAGAACUCGGUCCGGCACAACCUGUCCCUCAACGAGUGCUUCAUCAAGCUGCCCAAGGGCCUGGGCCGGCCGGGCAAGGGCCACUACUGGACCAUCGACCCGGGCAGCGAGUUCAUGUUCGAGGAGGGCUCGUUCCGCCGCAGACCCCGGGGCUUCAGGAGGAAGUGCCAGGCUCUGAAGCCCAUGUACCGCAUGAUGAACGGCAUCGGCUUCGGCGCCUCCAUCCUCCCGCAGAGCUUCGACUUCCAGGCGCCCUCCGCGGCCCUGGCGUGCCACGGCAACAGCUACAACUUGGACAUGAUGAGCAGCUCCAUGGCCGGGGGGGGCUACGACGGGCUCAGCGGGGGGCACCACGUCCCGCACAUGUCCCCGAGCCCCGGGUCCACGUACAUGGCGAGCUGUCCUGUGCCGUCCAACGGGGACUACGGCCCGGACAGCAGCUCCAGCCCGGUGCCGUCCUCCCCGGCCAUGGCCAGCGCGCUGGACGGACACUCUCCGUACGCCGGCUCCUCGGGGCACUGGGGGUCGUCCGGGGGGUCUCCGUACAUCAAGCAGCAGCCGCUGGCCUCCUCCAGCCCGGCGGCCUCCGGGUUACACUCCGGCAUGUCCGCCUACUCCCUGGAGCAGAGCUACCUCCACCAGAACGGCAGGGACAGCCACUCAGGAGACAUAUCAGUGGGGAUCCCUCGCUACCAGAGCCACUCGUCGGUGUGCGACAGGAAAGACUUUGUGUUGAACUUUAACGGCAUCUCGUCCUUCCACCCGUCGGCCGGUGGCUCCUACUACCACCACCACCACCACCACCACCCCCCCCACCAGAGCAGCGUGUGCCAGGACAUCAAGCCGUGCGUCAUGUGA